CAAAUUCUUGGUCCCUACUGUGGUUUGAAUGUUUGUUGUCCCCCCUCCCCAUUUAUAUGUUGAAAUACUACUGUAACUUCCAAAAGUAUGGUAUUAGGAGGUGGGGCCUUUGGGAGGUGAUUAGGUCAUGAGGUGGAGUCCUCAUGAUUGAGAUUAGUAUUCUUAUAAAAGACGUCCCACAGAGCUCCCUAGCCCCUUCCAUCAUGUGAAGAUUUAGUGAGAAGGUGCUGGCUAAGAACCAGGAAGAAGGCCAUCACCAAAAUGCAGCCAUACUGGCUCCUUGAUCUUGGACUUCUUAGCCUCCAGAACUAUUUCUUGAUGUUUCUGGGCAAGAUCUUCCUCCAGAUUCCACCCCACCUCUCCCCAGUAGCUCUGCUUGAGUUCAAAGAUGUCCACCAAGCAUUAGGAUCCUGAGAGAAUAAAGGAUGAGACCCAGCAUGGCCAUGCCAGCUAAUUGGACCUCUUCCCAGAAAUCCCUGGCCCUGGCUCCAGAGGAACACGGCAGCUCAUAUGAGAGAUCAGUGUCCUUCAGAGAUGUGGCUGUAGAUUUCAGCAGAGAGGAGUGGCAGCAUCUAGACCUUGCUCAGAAAAACCUGUACCGGGAUGUGAUGCUGGAGACCUACAGCCAUCUGCUCUCAGUUGGGUAUCAAGUUCCUGAACCAGAGGUUUUCAUGUUGGAGCAAGGAAAGAAGUCAUGGACAUUGCAGGAUGAGAGCCCACAUCAGAGCUGUUCAGAAAAAUUGUGGCAGAUUGGUGACCAGAUAGAAAGCCAUCAGCAAAGAGGAAACAAAUAUUUAAGAGAUGGUGCUUUCAUCCAGGAAAUAAUGAGUACAAAGAGGGAUUACGAAUAUAAGGACAGUAGAAAAAUAAUUCAUGUAAGCCAAAACAUUCCUUCCCCAAAAAGACCCCAUCAAUGUGACUCAUUUGGAAAUGCUUUGAAGCAUAAUUUAGAUUUAUACAGUCAUAAUAGAAACAAUGAGUCAAAGAACACUCAGAAGAUUACCGAAUAUGGUAAAAUUUCUUCUUAUACUGACCAGGAGUGUACUCCAACAGAAGAGAAAUUAUGGGACCAUAAUCAAUGUGGAAAAAUCCUAAGCUAUAAACUAGCACCCUCUCAACAUCAGAAAAUUCAUACAGUAGAGAGAUCUCACAAAUGUACUGAACUUGGAAAGAUCUUCACCCAGAAGUCACAACUCAAGGUACAUUUGAAAGCUCAUACAGGAGAAAAACUCUAUGUAUGUAUUGACUGUGGGAAGGCUUUUGUACAGAAGCCAGAAUUUAUUAUACAUCAGAGAACCCAUACCCGAGAGAAGCCCUAUAAGUGCAAUGAAUGUGGAAAAGCCUUUUUCCAAGUAUCUUCUCUCUUCAGGCAUCAGAAAAUUCAUACAGGAGAAAAGCUCUAUGAAUGCCAUCAAUGUGGGAAAGGCUUCUCUUACAACUCAGAUCUCAGUAUACAUCAGAAAAUUCAUACCGGAGAGAGACACCAUGAAUGCAGUGAUUGUGGCAAAGCAUUCACACAGAAGUCCACACUAAAGAUGCAUCAGAAAAUUCAUACAGGCGAGAGAUCCUAUAUAUGUAUUGAAUGUGGACAGGCCUUUAUCCAGAAGACACACUUGAUUGCACACCGAAGAAUUCAUACUGGAGAAAAGCCAUAUGAAUGCAAUAACUGUGGGAAGUCCUUCAUUUCCAAGUCACAACUCCAGGUGCAUCAACGAAUUCACACAAGAAUGAAACCCUUUAUGUGUGCUGAAUAUGGGAAGGUCUUUAAUAAUAGUUCCAACCUCAUUACACAUAAGAAAGUUCAAGUUAGAGAGAAAUCUUCUAUAUGUACUGAAUGCGGUAAGGCCUUUACAUACAGGUCAGAGUUGAUUAUACAUCAGAGAAUUCACACUGGAGAAAAACCUUAUGAAUGCAGUGAUUGUGGAAAAGCCUUCACUCAGAAGUCAGCACUCACUGUGCAUCAGAGAAUUCAUACAGGAAAAAAAUCAUAUGUCUGCAUGAAGUGUGGGCUAGCCUUCAUUCAGAAGGCACACUUGAUUGCACAUCAGAUAAUUCAUACAGGAGAGAAACCUCAUAAAUGUCACUGUGGGAAAUCAUUUACUUCCAAGUCACAGCUCCAUGUGCAUAGACGAAUUCACACUGGAGAAAAACCCUAUAUGUGCACUAAAUGUGGGAAAGCAUUCACCAACAGAUCAAAUCUCAUUACACAUCAGAAAACUCACACAGGAGAGAAAUCCUAUAUAUGUCCUAAGUGUGGAAAGGCCUUUACACAAAGGUCAGACUUGAUUACCCAUCAGAGAAUUCAUACUGGAGAGAAACCUUAUGAAUGUAAUACCUGUGGGAAAGCCUUUACCCAGAAGUCACACCUCAAUAUACACCAGAAAAUUCACACUGGAGAGAGACAGUAUGAAUGUCAAGAAUGUGGAAAAGCCUUCAACCAGAAAUCAAUACUCAUUGUGCAUCAGAAAAUUCAUACAGGAGAAAAACCCUAUGUAUGUACUGAGUGUGGAAGAGCCUUCAUCCGGAAGUCAAAUUUCAUUACUCAUCAGAGAAUUCAUACUGGUGAGAAACCUUAUGAAUGUUGUGAUUGUGGGAAAUCUUUUACCUCCAAAUCUCAACUCCUGGUGCAUCAACCAAUUCACACAGGAGAAAAACCAUAUGUGUGUGCGGUGUGUGGGAAAGCCUUUAGUGGCAGGUCAAAUCUCAGUAAACACCAGAAAACUCAUACUGGAGAAAAGCCCUACAUCUGUUCUGAAUGUGGCAAGACUUUCAGACAGAAAUCAGAGUUGAUUAUACAUCAUAGAAUUCAUACUGGAGAGAAACCUUAUGAAUGCAGUGACUGUGGCAAAUCUUUUACUAAGAAAUCACAGCUCCAAGUGCAUCAGCGAAUUCACACAGGAGAGAAACCUUAUGUGUGUUCUGAGUGUGGAAAGGCUUUUACUGACAGGUCAAAUUUGAAUAAACAUCAGACAACACACACUGGAGACAAACCUUAUAAAGAGAAACCCUAUGAAUGUGGGGAAUGUGGAAAGGCUUUUAGAGUACGCCAACAACUUACUUUCCAUCAGAGAAUUCAUACUGGUGAGAAACCCUAUGAAUGUAAAGAAUGUGGAAAAGCCUUUAGACAGUGUGCCCAUCUUAGUCGACAUCAGCGAAUUCAUAUUUCGGACAAACUCCUUGAAUGUAAAAAAUGUGGAAAGAUCUUUACAUGUAGCGCAGAUCUUCGAGUACAUCAGAGAAUUCAUAUUGGUGAGAAGCCCUAUGAAUGUAAGGAAUGUGGGAAGUCCUUUAGAGUGCGAGGACAACUUAAUCUCCAUCAAAGGAUUCAUACUGGUGAGAAACCCUAUGAAUGUAAGGAAUGUGGGAAGACCUUUAGACAGUAUGCACACCUUACUCGACAUCAAAGACUUAAUAUUGCUGAGAAGUGCUAUGAGUGUAAAGAAUGUGGGCAGGCUUUUCUGUGUAGUACAGGCCUUAGAAUACAUCACAAACUUCAUACUGGUGAAAAACCCUAUGAAUGUAAGGAAUGUGGGAAGGCCUUCAGAGUACGGCAACAACUAACACUCCAUCAGAGAAUUCAUACUGGUGAAAAACCCUAUGAUUGUAAAGACUGUGGGAAGACCUUUAGUCGUGGCUAUCAUCUAACUCUUCACCAGAGAAUUCAUACCGGUGAGAAACCUUAUGAAUGUAAAGAAUGUCAGAAGUUUUUUCGUCGUUACUCAGAACUUAUUUCACAUCAGGGUAUUCACAUUGGAGAGAAACCCUAUGACUGUAAGGAAUGUGGGAAAGCAUUUAGACUAUUCUCACAACUUACUCAACACCAGAGUAUUCAUUUUGGUGAGAAACCUUAUAAAUGUAAGGAAUGUGAGAAGACUUUUAGACUGCUCUCACAACUUACUCAACAUCAGAGUAUUCAUACUGGUGAGAAACCUUAUGACUGUAAGGAAUGUGGAAAGGCCUUUAGACUUCAUUCAUCACUUAUUCAACAUCAGAGAAUUCAUUCUGGUGAGAAACCAUACAAUUGUAAGGAAUGUAAGAAGGCCUUUCGCCAACACUCACACCUUACUUACCAUCAGCGAAUUCAUAAUAUAACUAAAUAAUUAUAAGAAAGCCUUCCAUUGUGAAUUUUGUGUUAAGGAGCAUUGGAAAAUAAAUUCUAGAGAAAAAGUUUUUGAAUGUAGGGAUCCCUUUUACUUCAUGCUGACAACUAAAGAGAUUUUAUUUAAA